CUAUCUCCCUAUUCAGAAGUCGCCAGUCUCCUUCCACAGCGUCCACCAUUAUUGUAUGUAUAAAGUCUUGUCUAUACAUACUUGUCAUGUGUAUCUAUAUCUAUCUAUCUAUCUAUAUAUAAAUAUAUUUUAAGUGUAUAUUGUAUACAAACUCAGGUUUCAAGUCCCGCAGUACACACCAAACACAAAACUCUAUAAAACCCACUACUCCAUAAACGUCUCUCCUCAAUUAUAUAGCUCCAAUUAUUCAAUCAGUCAAGCUUACUCAAUAUCAUGGAACAAACACCCCAUAUAGCGAUUCUACCGAGUCCAGGGAUGGGUCACCUCAUCCCACUCGUUGCUUUCGCCAAACGACUCGUCCUCCACCAUCGAUUCAACGUCGACUUCGUCGUCCCCACCGACGGUCCUCCCUCCAAUUCCCAGAAAGCUUUUCUCGAAGGCCUCCCCGCCGGAAUGGACUACGUUUUGCUUCCUCCGGUGGACAUGGACGACCUACCAGAAGAUGUUCGGGCCGAGACCCGAAUAGCCCUUACGGUGACCCGAUCCCUUCCUUCUCUUCGCGACGUGUUCAAGUCAUUGGUCUCCACGACCCGGCUGGUCGCUUUGGUCGUUGAUCUCUUCGCCACUGAUGGAUUCGAUGUUGCUAUCGAAUUCAAUGUCUCGCCGUACAUCUUCUUCCCGUCGACGGCCAUGGUUCUGUCAUUGUUCCUUUAUUUGCCCAAGCUUGAUCAGUCGGUGUCUUGUGAGUACAGAGACGUGCCCGACCCGAUUCAGAUUCCGGGUUGCACGCCGAUUCACGGGAGGGAACUCCUGGACCCGGUUCAGGACAGGAAGAAUGAUGCAUACAAGUGGGUGCUUCACCAUGCAAAGAAGUAUAGACUGGCCGAGGGUAUUAUGGUAAAUAGCUUCAAGGAGUUGGAGGCAGGAGCUAUAGAAGUGUUGCUGGAGGAGGAAGCCGGUAAGCCACCUGUUUACCCGAUUGGGCCGGUCAUACAGAUGGGUUCUUCUAGCGGUGGGGUUGAUGGGUCGGAGUGUGUGAGAUGGUUGGAUGAUCAGCCACGUGGCUCUGUCGUUUACAUCUCCUUUGGGAGUGGUGGGACACUCACUCAUGAUCAGCUGAAUGAGCUAGCCUUGGGGUUGGAAAUGAGUGAGCAAAGAUUCUUAUGGGUUGUUAGAAGUCCAAAUGAUAAUGCCAACGCUAAUUUUUUCGAUGCCCAAAGUCAGAAAGACCCUUUUGAUUUUCUACCAAAAGGGUUCUUAGACCGGACCAAAGGCUGUGGUCUAGUGAUACCUUCUUGGGCACCCCAAGCCCAAAUUCUUAGUCACGACUCGACCGGAGGGUUUCUAACUCAUUGCGGUUGGAACUCGGUUCUUGAGAGUGUGGUUUAUGGUGUACCAUUGAUUGCGUGGCCGCUCUAUGCAGAGCAAAAGAUGAAUGCAGUUAUGUUAACGGAGGAUAUAAAAGUGGCAUUGAGGCCAAAAGCUAAUGAAAAUGGGAUAGUAGGAAGGGCAGAAAUUGCAAAAGUUGUUAAAAGUCUGAUGGAAGGAGAGGAAGGGAAGUGGCUUCGCUCCCGAAUGCGAGAUCUUAAGGAUGCAGCUGCCAAAAACCUAAGUGAAGAUGGCUCAUCUACAAAAACACUUGCCGAGGUGGCUGCAAAGUGGAAGAAUAAGAUUAGUGUUUUAGAUUAGGGUUUGUAUUAAAUCAUUUUUCAUUUUCUUUUUUUUUCUCUUCUCUUCUCUUCUCUUCUCUUCUCUUGCUGUAAUAUGUUUUGAGGAAUCUUGUGCGCCUACCACUAUAGAAAUGAUAUCCUUUUAAUUUAUUAGAA